GUGCUGCGGGAGCUGUCCAGUCAGAUGUGGACGGCCACUGAGGGUCGCGCCUCGCUGAGGGAAGUGACGGUGGCGCUGCCUCGCACCUGGAGGACGGACGCCCUCACCUGCUCCCUCCUCACCCCUCUGCUAGUGUCGUCGGCGCCCACUGAGGGCCACAUCCGCAUCACUGAGCCUCACCCUGUGUUCGGGGCGCGACCCUGGACACAGCAGAGCCAGGGCUGCGGCCGCCCGGGGGACUUCAUCCAGCUGAGUGGUGACCUUCUUCGGCCGGUAAGCAACGACUCGCACGCCCACGCCGCCCGCUUGCUACUGGCGGAAUGGGCCAAGUUCCGGUGGGGGGUGUUCGACGAGCGGGGCCACGCCGGCGACCCGCUCUUCCCGCCCACUUACCGCGACCCGACCAACGCCCAGUGGACGGCGACCGGCUGCGCCGACGGGACGGUCAAGGGCAACACGUGUGACCCCGCCCUGUCGGGGUGUUCCUUCCUCCCUGACCUCUACACCAACAGUCACCUCAGCACCUCACUCCUCGCCUUCCCUGACCUUCCCUCGGUGCGACUCUUCUGCAAUGACAAGACCCACAAACGCGUGGCGCCCACCAAGCACAACGCCCUGUGUGGGGGUCGCUCGGCUUGGCAGAUUAUCCAGCAGACUCAGGACUUCGCUGGUGGACGGAACUCCGUCAGCAACGGGAGUCGUGGCCUGGAGCCGAUGCUGAGAUUCGUCCACCAGUCCAGCCCCCGCUUCGUGUUUGUCAUCGAGGACACUGCUACCAUGAACCUCCAGCGUCGGUGGGAGUUCCUGCGGAAGGCCAUGCGACGUGUGGUGGUGUACGACGUGCCUGAUGGCGCUCACGUCGGUGUGGUCACCUUCCACUCCGAGGCGCGGAUUGUCGCCCCUCUCACCUUCAUCGAAAGUGAAGACUCGGAUAUGAGGCAGCGCGUCGGGUCAUCCUUACCCCGCAAUCCUUCAACAACUCCUGAGAGCCAGAAAUGCAUUCUCUGUGGUCUGAAGGAGGCGCUGAGGGUACUUGACGACAGCAACAAGGGUGACGAUGGUGCCACUUUGAUCUUAAUAACCACUGGCUCUGGCCCGACGCCACAACGGGAAGUGAACGAGAUGACGAGCCUUUCAGAGCAACGCCACCUGAGAGUCGAACUGGUGUUGUAUCCGCUGACUGAACGUCGCGGAGCGGCUACUGCCUCCCAUGGCCUCGAGGCGCUCAUCGAGUUCACUCGUGGAUCCAUCUUCACCGUCAUGGACGAAGGUGUCGGUAAUGACUCCAAAGUGAAGAUGAUGGUGGCAUUAAUGGACGCCUUACUGGCGGCUGUGCAGCAGGGCGCACCUGCUCCAGCACCUGGAGACCCUGUCCUGGUUCACAGCGCUGCCUACCCUGGGGGCAUUGCUUCCAUGUCCGCUGGCUCCUUUGCUCUGGACGACUCUCUGGGCCCCAGCGCUCGCUUCUCCGUAUACUACUACGAUCUGAACCAUGUGGGCAACGCCAUCCAGCUGGCCGCCCCGUCCGGCCACAUGAUCGCCUCCGUCAACGUGCAGGAAGAAGACGGGGAUGUCAACAUGAUCUUCAUCAACUUGGAAAAGGCAGAGCGUGGACUGUGGACGUACAGCGUGGAGAACCGCGCCGACUCCCACCAGGGCCUCUACGUGCAGGUAACGUCCAAACGCAACUCCUCCACGGGGCUCCAGGUGCGCCUCUGGACCAGCUCGAGCUCCAGGUCGGUCAACUCCUCCGACCCGUCGACGCCUGUAGUGAUCUACGCCGAAGUGAAGGCGGGCGUGGCGCCCAUCAUGGACGCUCGCGUGGUGGCCAGGCUCCAGAGACUCGGCACCAACGCCACCGGCAGCAACUUCCACCCCAUGUUCCUGGAGCUGUGGGACAACGGCAUAGGGGACCCGGAUAUAACGAAGGGGGACGGCGUAUACUCUCGCUACCUCCCUCCGCUCCCUGGGAGUCCCGGCCGCUACCUUCUAAGUGCCGAUAUCGACUACAACAGCGGGCUGGCGACUGUAGCUAAGGGCCCACCGACACGCCAUCACAAGAGUCUAUCCUCGCACCUGCCUCACUACUAUCAGCACGGCUUCGACAGUUGGAAUAACGAGCAGACGUGCUGUGGCUACGCUCUCCCGCACGUGCACAGUCGCCGUGCGCCGCCCUUCCUGCGACACGUCACCUGGGGCGUACUGGAAGUGGUGUCCCAGCCCUCCCACCGUGACAACGUCCCCCCCUCGCGCAUCCUCGACCUGCGCGUCGAGGUCAACAACACGGUUCACGAAAUCAAGCUGCGUUGGACCGCUCCCGGGGACGACUGGGACGUGGACCGAGCCCAUCACUACGAGGCUGUCGUGGCGCCCUACUGGAAAGAAGCCCGGGCCUUCCAGGGGGACCGGCUGACUGGCCUUCCUCAGCCACUGCCAGCUGGCACCCUCCAUACCACUAACCUGCACUUCACCAGAUACGAAGAGCUGUGGUUCGUGACGGUGCGGGCGGUGGACGAGGCCAACAACAUGGGCGGCGUGGGCAACAUCGCGGCUCUCUGGGUGCCUCGCCCGCCCACCACCUACGAGAUCACCACCAGGACCCACCCAGCACUCACCACCUCGGGAAAUUACACGAUGCCUUCAGAGCUUGGAUCUAAUCGACCUAUGGGCGUGUCAGAGCUGCAGCUUGAGGACGUGGCUGUAAUUCUCGGCAGCAUCGGAGGGUUUCUGGUAGUGGUGGCGGUGCUGGUCACCUACUGCUAUUGCCAUACUACCAAAAGGCGGAAACAACAGCACGAGAAGGACGCGAAGAAGGCGCAGGAGGGCGGAGGCAACGGCAACGUCAUGAUUAAGCCCGGGACGUUGAGUAUGGAGGAGGGCGGGAGUAGUCAUGAAUCUUUGGAUAGUAUAGUGAAGGACGCCCCAGGGACGGCCCAUGACGGUCGCCCUCUCUCCCCUAUCCAGACUUGGGGAAAUACUACUAUGCUGAAAGAACACGAAAGCCGAGUGUCGGUUCCCAGCGAGGUGGCCGACGAUGGAUCCGCAACUUACAAAGCGAACGGCCCUCACCCCCAUGCGCCCUUCCCUGACGUCACAGUGACAAGCAGCCGACCAGUGUCUGAAGGCGAGGGCGGCGACGAGCUACAGGUAGGCCUGCCCUGCACGCACGAGGACAACACCUCCCUCUGUGCUGCUCCAAGACUUGAAUACAACAGCUACACUCCCACCUGGGACGAGCCUCUCACUGGUCACCUCCUCACUCGUGCUCACACCUCCGCCCCCACGCCCACCCCAGCAGCUCACCAGCCCAUUCUUCCACAGACAGACCGCAAACGUCGCAAUGUGACCCAGGUGUGAUGUGUUCUGCAUCAUCCCGUGCGUCACCACGGCUCCAGGAUUUUCAAGCCUAAGAUGCUCCAUGUUUGAGCUUCACAGAUAGACAAGUUUUUUGUACACUCAUGAGCCUUGAGGUGAAAGAGCAUUCAGAAACAAUUACGGGAGAUCUUCCAAAAGAUGGGCCCUGGCAAUGUGUUAGAGGUUGUUGCUCCUGUGAGUGACUGAGGUACUAACAUCAAAACUGCAAGAUGCUGGAUUUCCAGGGACAUUUAGAUUUCCAGAUUCUCCCGAAGAAAAUGUAAACAUUUCCUGAGUAUUUUAGUAGCCAUACAACUCGCAUAAAAUGACGAUGACUACAUAAAACUGUCUCUGUGAAAAGCCAAAUCAGACAUUAAUUUUAAGGAAGUGUAGACGAGUUAAAUAAGAGACUUGUGACCUGAUCAACGUGAACUGUUGUGUUAUCUGUGUCUCGAAGCUCAUCCUAGAAGUCAACUAUGUCAGUUAUUAUUGGUUAAUAUAAUGGUUUCUGUUCUGCGCCAUCAUCACAUUGCUAUUAGAGCUGUGUGACUGAAUGCUGACUGAGCGAAAUGUUGCAACUUGAGUGAAGUUGUUGAGCAUGAGAGCGUGCUAGGGACCAAAAUAAAAUGCAUUUCGCAGUGUAAUGAGAAAAAUCUUUAUAUUUCCAGUUAAUUUGGUUAUCUCUGCGUGGGAAAAGUCAUAUCAUUGCAUAUGUAAUUAUAAAUUUAGGUUAUUCAAGAUAUACAUAGGCUUAAUGUUCUAUGUGAUAUACAUAUAUGUAAAUAGGUGGAUGUGACUGGCUGUGUUUAACCUAUAUUUAUACAACUGUUUCAACCCCCCCUUUAAUAGUUCUCUCUCUCUCCCUCUCUCAUUCGAGACAAUUGUUUCAGUUACUACCUCCAAAUGUUCCUAUUUCCUCUCCCCCUCUCUCUUUCUCCCUCUCCCUCACCCUCUCUUUCUCCCACUCCCUCUCCCUCUCAUCGAAGGUAACUGCUCCAGGCACUACCUCUCUGUAUUUCUCCUCCGUAUUGUUGACCUGUUGCCUAACCCUCUCCCUCAGACCUAAAUUUUUAUGCUGGCAAACAAGUUUUGUAGUUUUUUUUUGUCAACAGUUUUCUUGAGGAAGCAGUCAAGACUUAAACAGGGUGUUCUGCUUUUUAUGUUGUAAAUGCUUGGUGAUGACCAAGUCAGAGGGAAAUGGACUGCAUUAGCCCUUAGACUUUAGCCCCGGAUUAAUUAGUGUUUCACUAUGGCGGAGAGGAUUAUGGGAAAGAUUUAAUUCUGCAGACCAACAUCCAAUGUUUCAGACCAUUUUUACAGACAAAUGUAUGGAUAUAGAGAUGAAAUGAUUAUAUAUAUAUA